AUGUCUGGAAGCAAGACCGUAGAAUUUUCAAGAGGAAAACUAGAAACGCAGACAUCUGUAGAGAAUUCAUUUGAACGCAUUCAUGGCUAUGACUAUGUUGCUGCUUUUUGCUUUGUUGGUUUCUCGCCUAACAAUUUCAGAUGCACAAUCCAUAGGGGCGGUCAAGAAACUAUUAUGGCUGCCCUUUCCCUAUUGUUUAUUGGAUCCUUGAUGUCUGGCCUAGAAGCAGUAGCAGGGAGUAAUAGUGUCAAUGCCUCGUCUGGAACAAGUCGUGAUCCAGGAGUUAUUAGCCAUGCGGGCAUAAAAGAAGCUGGCAAUGCCAUAUCUGAGACUAGUACCAGCGCAAGAGUUAACAAUCAUGUGCGCAGAGAAGUUGUCAAGGCCACAUCUGAGACUAGUCGCAGCCCAAGAGUUAUCAAUCAACUAGGCAGAGAUGCUGUCAAUGCUAAAACUGAGGCUAGAGGCAGCCCAAGAGUUAUCAAUCUAGUGGGCAGAGAAGCUGUCAAUGCCACAGUCGAGACUCGUCAAAGCCCAGGAACUAAAAAUCAUGUGGGCAGGGAAGCUGUCAAUUACACAUCUGAGACUAGUCGUGACCCAAGAGUCGUUAAUCCUCAAAGACUUGUUGAUCUUCAAAUUGCUGCAAGAAUAAGAGUCAACAAUCAUGUGGGCACAGAAGCUGUCAAUUCCACAUCUGAGACUAGUGGCAACCAAUGGGUUAUCAAUCAAGUGGGCAGAGAAGCUGUUAAUCCCUCAUCUGAGACUAGUCGUGACCCAAGAGUUGUUGAUCUUCAAAACGCUGCAAGAGCACAGGAUUCACGAAGUACGAUCCGAAGUGAGAUUAACCAAAUUGAAACAAUAGAUCCAAUCACUAGUAAGAGAGAGAUAAUUUACAGAAAAUAA